AUGGCCGACUAUCCACCGAUGGAAAUGGAAGUCAUGCGGCUGCUGCAGCCUGGGUUCUCCAACGCGCUUGAACCGUUGAUCACUUCCCAGCUAUCGUUCGACUCAUUCUCCAUCGAGACAAUCUUUGCAAUAAUGAAGGUCUGGUUUAACCCGGAACUCGCCCACCACGUGCGCUCCUUCGAAGUUUAUUGGUGUUAUACAGAGGAAGACCAAGAAGUGGAAGGAUUCAAUGAGGAGAACGUCCUCAACUUUGUCGACCAUGCACUAGACACCAUUUUCGAACCCAAGGAAGCAAAAUUACGAGCCAAAUGGAAAGAAUACCUAUUGAUGCCGAAUGAAGAGGCUUGGUUCGGACUACUACUUGUGCGUCUGCACCACCUGGAAACGCUCGAAUUCGGGCACGACGGUACGUACGGCCUUGUGAUCGAUAUCUUGCGCAAAGCCGCGCGACGUCAGCGGCCUUUCCAUGAAGAUCCUCCAUUUCCAUGCCUCAAGAAAAUUAUCAUGAAUCCUCAGUGGGGAGGCACGUGGAUUGAUUCCAACUUUGUUGAUCCCUUCUUCUUCUUUCCGGCUGUUGAAACCAUCGAGUGUCAGGCGAUUGGCGAGUCGGAAUCUUCAGAGAACACUCCAGUCGUGACAGCCCGCUCCGCUUGCCCCGUCCGUAAGAUUAUUGUUAAGGAAGCCUACUGGACUCACGGCUUGUUUGACUGGCUGGAUGCGUGUACGCAGCUGGAGCACCUGUCAAUCAAGCUAGACUUCCAACCGGAUGAUGAAACCUCGGAAGAAUAUCGAUUUCGUGCUCCGCAAUUCCGUCGGCACCUCCUUCGUUCCCGAUCGACACUGAAGACGCUUCAUCUUGGUGCGACGCAGACUUUGACAGGCCUGGCAGGUGAUCUGAUCGAUGAGGAUGGACCAUUAGGCUCUUUGCAGGAAUUCACCUACCUCCAGGAUCUUGACAUCCGACACGCCCAUCUGCUCCCAUUGGCCUCACGGGGUGGGAUGGUGAGGCGCCACACGCGUCUCCUUAGAAUACUUCCUGCCUCAAUCCAGCGUCUGAAGAUUAGGCACGUUGUCGAUGAGGACUUUGGUAGUCUUCUGUCUGAGCUGCUGAAUGUGGUGCAGCGGCGGGACUUGUUUCCUCGGCUUGAAGAACUCAUAAUCAAAGUUGAAGAUGUAGAGAACAAGCCAUUGGAUGCUUUGAGACAAGCAUGCACGUCCGCUGGUAUUACAUUUACCGCUAAGUUGCAGAAGGUCUGA